ACGUUUGAUGUUUUUACUAUAGACUGUUUAAAGUAUAUAAAUAUAAUAACAUUAUAAUAAAAUAUAGUCCUGCUGCAUUAUACGUUUACAUGCCCGGCGUGUGUUCUUGUUGUUUUUGUUGCUGUUGUGGUGGUGGUGUGGUAUCGGUGGUGUGUCGUAUAUUAUGUGCCUCUGAAAUCGCUUUAAUUCUAUCCCUUCAAUUGGAACAUAUACAUAGAGGAAUCCAUAGAAAACCGAUAAUCACCCUACACUAUAAUAUACCUAGGCACGUUACACGGACACAUUCAGUCUCGUCCGUCGUCCAGCACACGUCGUGCACGAUAAUAAUAAUAAUACUUAUUAUUAUCGUCGUUGUCGUCGUCGUGGUCUCCUCCUUCGACACCAGUGUCGUCUCUCUGCGGCUUGCAAACGAUGGUUCUCAAUUUUCCUGUGGUUGUGUGCGCGUUGGUGGCGAUCAUAGUCGGCGGAUGCCGCGCGGGCGACCUCCAGACGUUCACGGUGACCGAUGUGGCGUACUUGGAUGUGGAGGUGGCCGGCACCGAGUUGGGUACGAUCGAGAUCGGUCUUUUCGGCCAAAUCGCGCCGAAAACGGUGGCAAACUUUAUCACGAUUCUGACGGCAGUUCGAAUGUUUGGAAAUGGAUAGUUGCGUCUGCCCUACCGGUUUCGAUGUCCACGGCUAUUUUGUUACUAUUCCAGUGGAUGAUUGCUCAAAUCAACAAAGCGAUCAUUUAAUGGGGUCUGCCAGAGGCAAUAUUAAACUUAUAUGUGUACACAACACGCGGCAUGUGGAAAACUGGAUGUCUAUAUAAUAUUAUAUCAGCAAUCAACAUAAUAUACAAUAACAAUCCACUAAAAUGUAUUCAUUGUUUCAUACAAAAGUGGGGCAAAAAGCGAACGUUUUCCAUUUUAAAUGCUACCUAUAUAAUUAUGCAUAUUAUUGUAAUCUGGAAGAUAGUUUUUCUACUGUAUAUAUACGGAAAAUGUUCACUCGUAGACAGCAAUAACAAGCCAAUUAUAUUUUUACACAUACUUAAUUUGUAAUACGUAUUAAUUUGUACAUGUAUAACAUAUUUUGUAUUCUGUUCGUUUCAAAUUCAAAUAUAUUUCCAUGUAACACUGU